AUGCCUGCCCCGGAAGUCCACCAUCUGUUUCACAACCCAAUCGCCGACCACUCCUUUUCGUCGGAUAAGAACACCUUAGCGGUUGCGCGGGACAGCAAUGUGGAGCUCUAUCAGAGAGCAGGGAACAAAUUCUCCUUGACCGAUGAGUUGAAGGGCCAUGAGAAAAUUGUCACGGGCGUUGACAUCGCCCCUAACAGUGGCCGCAUCGUUACUUGCUCGCAGGACCGUAACGCUUACGUUUGGGAACGAACGGCCUCGGGCUGGAAGCCGACGCUGGUUCUUCUUCGAAUCAACCGGGCCGCGACCUUCGUGCGGUGGUCUCCUAAUGAGCAGAAAUUCGCUGUCGGCUCGGGGGCCCGCGUGAUUGCGGUAUGCUAUUUCGAGGAGGAAAACGACUGGUGGAUUUCCAAGCACCUGAAGAAGCCUAUUCGAAGCACCAUCACAACGUUGGCCUGGCACCCGAACUCCGUUCUGCUCGCUGCCGGAUCCACCGACUCGCACGCCCGGGUUCUCUCUAGUUACAUCAAGGGCGUUGACACGCGGCCCGAACCCAGUGCUUGGGGAGAGCGUCUCCCGUUCAACACUAUCUGUGGCGAAUUCUUGAACGACUCCGCGGGAUGGAUUCACGGAGUGUGCUUUUCCCCAAGUGGAAAUGCUCUUGCUUUCACCGGGCACGACAGCAGCGUGACGGUUGUCUACCCCAGUGCACCGGAGCAACCCCCGCGGGCCAUGUUGAACAUCACCACCCGCCUCUUGCCAUUCAACAGCUUAAUCUGGAAUGGAGAGGAAGAGAUCAUUGCUGCGGGUCACGAUUGCGAGCCGUACCGUUUCCGUGGUAAUGAGAGUGGAUGGCAGUUUGUUGGAACCAUUGAAAACAAGGCAGGAUCCGGCGCCGGGAGCGUCCGGGAGGAGUCGGCCCUGAACAUGUUCCGCCAGAUGGACCUUAAGGGACAGGCCCAAGUUGACACGCAGCUCAAAUCGGUUCACCAGAACACCAUUAGCACUGUCAGGGUCUACGAAGAAGUCGGCGGGGCCGUCCGAAAGUUUAGCACCAGCGGAGUUGACGGACGGGUGGUUGUUUGGACCAUCUAA